AAUUUGACAACUUCCACAUCCAAUCCCUCUCUCACAUUGCCACAUUUUCUUUGCUUCGAUGGCAUAUUAUAGGGACAUUAUUAUGAUGAAUGUAGGGAUAUUAGUUGUGUUGGUUGUGGGAUUGUGGAGUGUUAUUGGAGGUGCACAACAAGUACCUUGCUAUUUUAUUUUUGGGGACUCUUUGGUCGAUAAUGGCAACAAUAACCAACUCACUUCUUUGGCAAAAGCUAAUUAUUUCCCUUAUGGAAUUGAUUUUCCUGGUGGACCAUCUGGAAGGUUUUCUAAUGGCAAAACCGCUGUUGAUGUAAUCGCUGAGAAUUUGGGGUUCAACAGUUACAUACCUUCUUAUGCAUCAGCUAGAGGUCAAGACAUACUCAAAGGAGUCAAUUAUGCUUCCGCAGCUGCUGGGAUUAGAGAGGAAACAGGACAACAACUGGGACAAAGAAUUAGUUUUAGAGGGCAGGUGCAAAAUUACCAAAGGACGGUGUCCCAAGUGGUAAAUAUUUUAGGAGAUGAAAACACAGCUGCAAAUUAUCUUAGCAAGUGCAUUUAUACAAUUGGAUUGGGUAGCAAUGAUUACCUUAACAACUAUUUCAUGCCUACAAUCUAUUCUAGUAGCAGACAAUACACUCCACAACAAUAUGCUGAUGCCCUUAUUCAAGCAUAUGCUCAACAACUAAGGAUUCUAUAUAACUAUGGGGCAAGGAAAAUGGCAUUAUUUGGGAUUGGUGCAAUAGGUUGCAGCCCAAGUGAAUUGGCCCAAAACAGCCCAGAUGGUAGAACAUGUGUAUCAAGAAUUAAUUCUGCAAACCAAUUAUUCAACAACGGUUUGAAAUCUCUUGUCGAUCAAUUCAAUAACCAAUUUCCGGAUGCAAGAUUCAUCUAUAUUAAUGUUUAUGAUAUCUUUCAAGACAUCAUAAACAACCCAUCAUCCUAUGGUUUCAGAGUUACAAAUGCUGGAUGUUGUGGUAUAGGAAAGAACAAUGGUCAAAUUACAUGUUUGCCCUUACAAGCCCCAUGUAGAGAUAGAAAGGGAUUCUUAUUUUGGGAUGCAUUUCAUCCAACAGAGGCUGGAAAUAGUGUUAUUGGAAGGAGGGCUUACAAUGCUCAAUCUGCAUUAGAUGCUCACCCUUAUGACAUUAAUCGAUUAGCUCAAAUCUAAAGAUGUCUUAGUGGUGCCAUUAAAGUGUGCCACAAUUUUAAUUUUGUAUAACGUGUUGUUCAUGUGGAGGCGUGUAAAAAGCGUCUUAUAUUUUCUUUCUUCUAUUUUUUGUGUGCAACAAGUCUAAGUGUAAUUUUUGUCUUGAACAACUUUGGUAUUUUCUGUUGAUGGUAUAAUCACUUUCUAUAACAUUUUUGCAGUGCUUGAUUACAGAUAAA